ACAUACACAUAUGAUUAUUGUCCUUUUGUAGAUUGCAAGUACCUUUUCACAAGAAUACACAUUCAUACUCUCUAUAUAUUCGCUUCAACUAUCACCAAAAUCUUUCACAAUAUCUUUUGGAUCUCAUUUCUCUAUCCUAUUUUCCUUCCCAUGCCCAAACAAGAAGCUUUCUUCUCCCGACACCUCCUCCCGAUUCAGAACACCUCAAUUACCAAUGGAGCCAGUUAAGACCUCCAGGUUCAUCACCGAGGUGACUCCGGCUAAGUUGAUAGCUGCGACGAGAGAGCCAUUCAAGAACAUGUUGACCACAAUCUCCGAGGAAGAUUUCGACUUUGAAGAGUUAGUCAGAGCCACCGCAGAGAGACUCUCUUCGUCAUGUCCAGGCUUCUCCUCCUGGUCUCUUGGUCACUAUGCCAAGACCAACACGCUCUCUUCUUCUUAGACCAUUACAUCUUUUUAAACUUUUCAAUAAGAUUAAGACCGAAGAAAUCAUACGUUUCUUGGCUCAAUCAUCCAUCAACUUGUUUAAAGAAAAUCUAUUUGUAAUCUCUCAUCAGAGCUGUUUGUUAAAUUUUUCA